CAGCGAAGGAAAGGAGUCGAGGGAGGAAAACAUCGGCAGCAGGAGGCAGGGAGAGAAAGGGCUGAAGUUGCUCGACGCUUUCCUUUUGUCGCCUCUUUCCCAGCGCUUACAUGACGUAAAGCUCCUCCGAAAUCAGUUAAAUCAASUCGUGUGUCUUCGGUCUGCACCGAGAAAGUUACUCCUCUGGAAAGAAUCUGUGAAAAAGAUCCGCAGCUGUCCGAGCCUGCAAGGCGGGAGGAUGAUGGAGGAGUCGGUGAGCGCUUUUGAGACGCAUCUGACGGCGGUCAUGGACAGUCUGAUCCGCGCUUCGGUCUGCGAGAUCACCAAACUCUUCCAGGAGACCGUCAGCGACUACCUGGUGGAGCUGUCCCUCAACAGGAAGGAGAACGAGGCGCUCAAACUGCGCCUGAAGCUCACGGAGGGCAAGCUGAGGACCGAGCGCAAGUACGGGCUGGGCUGGGCGGCCAACCGCCGCAGCGCCGGGCUGGAGGAGGGAGCUGCGGGCCGGCAGAGGAGAAAAGUUGACUUGGCUCGAGGCAAGUCGAAAAAGAGCCCAGCGGCAGCCCAUGGCAAAGGCUGGCCCGGAGGUGUGUGGGAAGAAGGAGAAGGCGUCGGUGGUGGUGGGGGAGGAGGAGGAGGCGGUGGCAGCGGAGGAGCUCUGGGCUUGGGAGCAGGAGGAAGAGGGGGGAAAGAGGCCUACAUCAUCCAGUUCCCCCGGGAAGAAGAAGAAGAAGAAGAAGACGAGGAGGAGGAGGAGGAGGAGGAGGAGGAGGGAGGGAUGGUAGAUGACGAGGACGGGGAGGGCAGCCUCAGCGGUGAGGGGGAGGAGACGGCCAACAUCAAAGAGGAGUUUUCUCAAGCUGAGGGCUAUCAGCCAGCUUCUCUGCGGCUAAUUAAGGAGGCUCUGAAGAUGAAUCCACCCAUCCAGAACUUCCACGUUGGUUCCAAAUCCCAGAGUGACGACUUGUCAGGUUGUCCCCCGGCCCUUCACCCCAGUCAGAGAGGUGAGAAGGACUGGGUUAUGGGUCAUGCAGAAACACCAGARGAGGCCAUGGCAGUGGAUGAGCUGCGGGGUCUGGAAUCGGCUCUAAAACCUGAGCGAGACUGUGAGGAGGGACCCAGGACGGCUACGCAGCGUGAGUCAGAGGUGGGACGAGGGAGCGAGGUCGGCCUGGCUCCAAAGUACAUUGGUCUGGAUGGAWUGGAGCAGGAAGAGGAGCUGGACCCCCAGCCCCCGACUCUGCAGAGGGAGGAGGAGAUGGGCCAGGGCAGGGUGAAGGAUGCUGCGAGGCCUGGAGGAGCUGGAGUGGUGGAGCUGAGGAUGGGCUGGUCCAAGAAGCUGAGGGAGGAGGAGUCAGCUGCAGUGAAGCCAGGAGAUGGCGCCGUGGAGCAGGCAGAGUCCGAGCACCUGCCCCGCCUGUCGGCUCCUGGGAGCGUCUGUGAGAGCGGGGGAGAAGAGGAGGGGGGGGCCGACCUGCUCCACUUCUGCCCUCAGUGCGGAGGAGGCUUCACCUCAGACGCCGAGCUGGACGAYCACCCCUGCCCGCUGGGCGGCGCCCACAUGCAGGGCGGCGAGUCGGAGGACAGCCUGUUCCCCUGCGCCCACUGCGGGAACACCUUCAGCCACCCCUGGGCCCUGAAGAACCACGAGUGCGCCUGCGCCGCCGAGAGACCCCACUGCUGCGAGAUCUGCGGGAAGCGCUUCACGCACUCACGCUCGCUGGAGCGCCACCACCUGGUGCACACGGGCGAGAGGCCGCACCGCUGCCCGCAGUGCGGACGCUGCUUCAGCCGCCUCGGCAACCUGGAGCGUCACCAGCGGAUCCACACGGGGGAGCGCCCGUACGGGUGCGACGCCUGCGGCAAGCGCUUCAGCCGCGUGGAGUACCUGAAGAGACACCAGCUCAUCCACAGCGUCGACAAGGCCACGCUGCAGUGCUCCAACUGUGGGCGGGGCUUCUGUGACGUGGAGCUGCUGAAGAACCACCAGUGCUUCGACAAUCCAUGCUAGAACUCCAGAACUACGUCUCGAUGCAGGAUUUACCUGAUGAAUGUGGCUCGUAAACUCUUUAUUCUCAGCGAGCGUCUUUUAGGUGAUGAAACACGUUGAUUUUUUGCAGGAAGAAUUCAACUGUAAAUCUAACUUUAUAGGAAGAGAGUUAAAAURCUCGGUUAUUUCUUUGUGAAGACGUGUAAAAGCCUGAACUUAUUUAUGGAUGAAGACUACAUUGUGACUUUUUAUCAUUUUAGAAAUAUUAUCUGGUAUUCAACCUUUUCUCUGACAGAACAGUUAAUGGAUUUAUUAUACGUUUUUAUUUUGUCUGUGUUUUGGUCAGUGUAACAAAAAUAAACACUUGAGUUCAUCCUGAAUGAUCCAUGUUUUUGUGUUUUCUGUGAUUUAGUACGUAGUCACAUUUAUUUUGAAGAGUUUUGUAUUAAACUUAUCAUAAAGAUGCAUUUUCAGACGUGGUUGUGUGAAUGCUGAAUCAGCUGCUUUUAGGAACUGGGUUUCAGCUUUGGCAGCACGCAAACGUUUCUGGACAUUUUAGUGCUUAUUCAAGAACUAACACUUUCUUCUGUUUUUACAUGAAUAAAUUCAAGUGAACCAA